AUGACAGCUGAACUAGUAAAUACAUUGAACGGACCAGUAACAGCCUUUUUUGUUGUUGUUGGCAUUAUAUUAAACGUGGAAACGAUCUACAUUUUAAUGCGACCAAUAAAAAGUCGUUUGAAGUCGAUACAUCGAACUCCAUUUACCAUUAAAGCUGGUACAUCAGUGUUGGGUAGUAAUUGGGUACGAACAAGGAGUACUUAUCCGAAACCACUGAUAUAUACGCAUCUGUUAUGGUUGUCUAUCUCUGAUACAGCGCUGCUUAUUAGUGGUUUUUUAAUGUAUUCGCUUCCAUCAUUUUUUAAAUCUUCGUUAUGUCCUUACGCAAAGUUUUUCCCAACACUGUAUUUGAUGAGUAAUGCAUCAUUAACUGCAUCCGUAUGGUUAAUGUGCGUGUUGAUGUUUGAACGUUAUCGAGCACUCUGUAGGCCAUUAGCAGCAUCUGCAAUGUCGAUUGCAAAGGUGCAUAAAAUAUUAGCUGCAGUUGUUGUUUUAGCGAUUGUAUUUUCAUUACCACGGCUAUUUGAAGUUGUUGUCGUGGAAUAUGAAGAUGGCUUUUCUGAUGUUGUACAGUCUGAUUUAGGUAAAAAUCACUUUUAUUUAUUUUACUACCGUAUUAUUGGUGGUUUAGUAUUUUAUUCUGUAUUACCGUAUAUUGUACUGUUUGCACUAUCGGCAAAAAUUUCUUUGGCACUUCGUGCUGCAGCAAAAGAGCGUCAAGUAAUGUCACGAUCGUUGUCAUCUCGAGCGAACCGUAUUGCGGAUAGUGAAUUGAUUCUUCUAGCCGUAAUGGCAAAAUUUUUACUGUCACGACUGAUGCCAACGGCAUUGGAUGUGGCCGAACAUAUUGUCACCAGUGAGAUUUUUGUUUUAUCACCGGCAGCAACAUUGUUGGUUGCAAUCAGUAACCUUAUAGUCGUUAUUUCAAGCGCAGUCAACUUCUUUAUCUACUUUUUGUUGGCAAAAUCAUUCCGUCGUUCGACAUGUUCUUGUUUCGAAAACCUGUGUCAUGACUGUCAACGUACUGAUUGUGGAAGGCCAACGGCUGAACGAUCAAACUCACCAGCAGCAAUUUUUAAGUAUAACAAUUCCGACCCGUCUCCCUCAACAUUACCUCUAUUGAAUAACGUGGAUGAUGUACAAAAAAGGAUUGGAGCAGUACCACAGGGAGUAUAG